ACCAACAAUAGGAUUGGGAAUGAGAGUAUAAUUACUUGAUUCACACCAAAUUGCGACCUAUUUUGUUUAUGUUACAAUAAAAAUUUGUAAUGAUGGCAUCCGAGAACGUCAAUUCUCAUACAACAGCUUCUUCGGAAGAGACUGGACAAUCCGUUACCAGUACGUCGCAGGAAAGUAAUAAUAAGGAUGCAAACUCAACUAAGCCACAGACUCAAGUAAAUUCAAUGAGUAAUCUCCAAAGGAUAAAUCAACGCAAGCAGCUGACGUACAACUGGCCACAAGAAAAGAAAUUGUUGAAGCUUGCGAAUUAUAGUGCUUGUCAGGCAAAAGAAUGUAAAUGUACAGGCUGGAAAAACGCGCAACCGAUUAUAAGAUCGCCAAAGGGUGAAAUACAGCAGCCUCUUAUAACCUUUUCUGAUCCAUGCAAGAUAUGUACUCAUUCUUUAGAAGAUCACGCCAAGCACUUGCGGGUUCAAUCUGACGAGGAAAUCAACAGAUUGUUGGGAAUGGCUAUUGACACGGACAAUAUUUUAACAUGUAUACACAGAGAAAAGGAUAACGAUACUAAGAAAGUUUAUUUUUUUUUGUAUAGAGUUUUGAGGAAUUGUCUUUUAACUAGAGCAAAGCCAGCCUUAGAAGGAGGCUGGUUGGGAAAGCCACCAUUCGAAAUACCCGUCAUAUCGAAAGCAGUACUGAAUUUUGUCUCGUAUAAAUUUCAUCAUUUACCAGUGAGAGAAUGGUACAUUAUGUGCGACAUGGCAAAAAUGUUUUUACAUUGCCUGAACUAUUGGAAUUUUGAACCGCCCAGUGCCAGACAAGUAACAGCGGUAACAGCUAAUUCGGACGAAGUUCUCGCUUACAAAACUAAUUAUACCCGCUGGCUAUCCUUCUGCCAUGUGCCUGCGUUUUGUGACUCUUUACCGAAACACGAUACUUCUGCGGUAUUUGGAAAGUCUCUGUUACAAGCCGUAUUCAAAUCACUUUGUAGAGAAGUGGUGAAUAAGUGUCAUAAUGACAGAGACAAAAUAACGCCGGAAAAGAGAGUUCUAGUUUUAACACAUUUUCCCAAGUUUCUUUCAAUGCUAGAAGCUGAAAUUUAUUCUGAUAACGUACCCAUGUGGGAUCCUAAUUUUAAAGCAACACCACCGUUUCAUCUGCAAGUUGCCAUGCAGGAAUCAAAGGCACAGCAAUUAAGAAGGACAGGCGAAUUUGAGAAAGUCACCGUUCCACCAAACGAGAAAGAUAAUUAUACAACAAUAAAUAUUAGUCCUGGAAUAAGAAGACUUCCUGAAAAGCGUUCCUAUUCCGAAGGACGACCUGACGCAAAGAAACGAAAAAGUGAAGAAGUUUUUGAGGAUUUGCCAGAGGAAACUGUCGCUGAAAUUGUUGCGACUAUUAAUGAUCCCAAUUAUAUGUGUGGACCCGACGCGGUAUUUCCUCCGGAUGUUCCACGAGACGAAACUGCUAAAAUUGAAGAAAGCAGGAAGAUCAUAGAGUUCCAUGUUGUCGGCAAUAGUCUGACGCAACCUGUGUCUAAGCAAACUAUGCUUUGGCUGAUAGGAUUACACAAUGUAUUUAGCCAUCAAUUAGUCAGAAUGCCUAAAGAAUAUAUAUCCCAAUUCGUUUUUGAUCCGAAGCAUAAAACAUUGGCCCUGAUAAAAGGUGGUCGUCCAAUCGGCGGUAUUUGUUUUCGCACGUUUCCUACUCAGGGUUUUACUGAAAUAGUAUUUUGCGCUGUUACGAGCCAAGAGCAAGUGAAAGGCUAUGGAACGCAUUUAAUGAACAUGCUGAAAGAUUAUCACAUAAAAAACAACAUACUGCAUUUUCUUACAUUCGCAGAUGAGUUUGCCAUCGGAUACUUUAAAAAGCAAGGAUUUAGCAAAGAUAUAAAACUGCCGACGUCGAUGUAUCAAGGAUACAUCAAAGAUUAUGAAGGAGCGACAUUGAUGCACUGUGAAUUAAAUGCUAAAAUAGUAUACACCGAAUUUACAGCGGUACUAAGAAAACAAAAAGAGAUCGUGAAAAAAUUAAUUUAUCAGAGGCAACAGGAAAUACAGAAAGUUCAUCCGGGCUUAACGUGCUUUAAAGAUGGUGUAAGAAGUAUUCCUGUCGAAUCCAUUCCAGGGAUUCGCGAAACCGGAUGGAAGAAUUACACUCAAACGAGAACGAGAGGUGUGGCUAAAGGAACGCAAGGUGCAGAACUUGUAGAUGGCAUGGAUAUGUCAGAUGUCCUUUAUAAAGAUUUGAACGGUGUUCUGAAUAGUGUGAAGAAUCAUAGCACAGCUUGGCCAUUCCUCGAACCUGUGGAUAGAAACGAUGUCCGAGACUAUUAUGAUCAUAUAAAAUAUCCAAUGGAUCUCAAGACUAUGGAAGACCGUUUAAAGUCUAAAUACUAUGUAACUAGAAGAUUAUUUAUCGCAGACAUGACACGAAUUUUCACAAACUGUAGAUUGUAUAACGGUCUCGAGACCGAAUAUUAUCACUGCGCCAAUACUCUAGAAAAAUAUUUUCAAACACGUAUGAAAGAGAUUGGUCUGUGGGAUAAGUAGAAUUUUUAAGUGCUUGUGACAUAAUACAAAAAAUAUAAAAACAAUAAUUUUUUAUUUAU